CGCUGUUGAGGCACGAGGUCGCUUGCUGGACUCUAACGGAUCACACCUUCCCUUCCGCGUAAAUCUCCUUCGCAUCUUCAGACAAGUCUUUCUUGCUUUCAUGACGCCUCGCUUCUUCCCUCUUCUCUGUUCUCUCUUUCUUCUUCCCCUGUUGUCGCCACACUGUCGCCGACACUCAUGGAGCACAGGUAGCCUAUGCCCGGCCGGCGAGGCUUCCCCAGUUUCACAGGGAUCUUCUACGAGGGCUCACCCGUUUCCUUCUGGUCACACUCUUCUGUCUCCCCAACUCUCUUUCUGUCCUUUCCCGUUGACAAGCACUGACAAGCGCGCAAGAGUUGUCGUCUGUGCCUCGACAGUUCAGGAUGACCUCUCACCCGAGGGGGUUUGCGGGAGUUCCCCUUCUUCUCUUUUUGUCUCAGAAUCGAAUUCGACAUUUCCUCUCAGAGGCCUCAAGGACCCCGGAGGCCUUCUCGGCAGCCUCAAGAGGCGCGCUUCACAGGAAAACAAAGAUGGUGCGUCAAAGUUGCUAAGCUUCGACCAGGAGUCUUUCGCGUUUUCCGCGUCGGCCUCUUCUUGGUCCCCUUGUCCCCACUGGAGGCUCAGUGAGCUUCCCCCAGCGAAGUCGAAUGCUUCGACGGGAGGCUUCAGCGGCGGUGUGUCACAAGGUCUUUUGCCGACGAGACUAACCGCAAGCAUCAAAAACCUUCUGCCUUUCAGAGGGCAUGCAGUGUCUCCUCUCGGAGGUUUGACUUCACGUACCCCCCCAGAGUUUGCCCCCCUCUUUCCCCUUCGUCUCUCGACCGCCAACGGUUAUCGUGUUCGAGGAUCUGCGACUCGCCAGUUCUUCUUCAGAGACCUGUCUCGGUUUUCGGCGGCGACUCGCAACGCGUUCCUUCGCAAGAGGCCAGGAGUCGCAGCGCGAAAGGGACAUUUCCCAUGCGGUACAAGCGACAUUCUUGCGUUUCUCCACGCCUUCCACUCUGCCUCAACAGGCGCAUGCAAACGAGCAGCGAAACGCUUUCGGUCGGCGUUGCCCCGUUCAAGUUCGCGGUUCGGUCAGUUCCGUGGGAUAACUUCGACAGACAAAGAGCAGCCCGUGACCUCGCUAGUGUUCGGAACCGAUCGUCUAGCGCAAAGACGCGUUCCUUGCGAAGGCCUUUCGGUCGAGUCUUCGUCGCUUUUCUCCUCGUGGCGCCCCACACUCCUACCUUUGCUGGCUUCUCGCCGACCGCCUCGCCGAAAGAGAAUUCGCGCUACGAGAGAGUCUGUCGAGCACAGGUCACAAGGGAGUUUAGCGAGCGAUAGGAGCUCUGUCAUUUCGCCGUUCUCUUCUUGUCAGUCGUCUGCAUCUCCGGCGUCUUUCACCUCGUCGAGUUCUCGACAAAGCGACAUGGCGGUAGAACUCCAUUUCGUUCUUGACUCAAACCCUGAGGACCCUGCAGUGGCUGCUGCAGACUUCAAAAAGUUCUUACGGGGAUGCUUUGCCGCUGCGUUGGUGGAGGCGCGAAGGGAACGGCAAGGCGAGAUGGCACAAACGCUCUCGACAACCUCUCCUUUCCGUACUUGUCAACAGUCCUACUCUUCUCACGCUUCUUGCUACGCCCCUGGUCUGCACUCCACACCAGCGUUGGGCUAUGUCUCGUCUUCUCCCUCGGCCUCGAGUCAGUCGCUUAUGUCUCCUCCGUCGCCUUCUGCUCUUUCGUCUCCUGCCUCUGUUUCGAUUCUUUCUUCUCUUGCAUCUGAUUCGUCUCUAUCUCCUUCAUCUUCCUGUGUUGAUUCUUCGGGAGGCUCCGCCUCGAUGUCUGGCGCUUGUUCUAACUCUGCCGAGACGGACUCCGACGCAGGCGUUUCUUUAGAGUUUUCCUGCGCUUCUCGUCGAGAAGCAUUUGAAGAACAGGCGACUCGUGCUCUUGCAAGGGUCGUUCUGGAUACAUCGUGUUUCUCUAGAAUGUAUGAACGACUUCAGGCAUUUGCGAAUGCACGCAGUCGCCAAAGCGCCUGCUUCCCAGGAGACAGCGCAGGUGCCGAGAACCGGGCGGGAGAGCGAGACGCAUGCACACCCUGGAGUGAGCGACCUUUACUGGUUUCGCGCGUCGCUUCAGAUGCCCCCGUCGCUGAUGAAGCGAAUGGGGUACGGCGGGAGGUUCCUGAAAAACAUGAGUAUCCUCUGUACUCGAAGCGUUUCUCACAAGGUCUCUCUCAAGCGGCGGCAUCCGUGGGCAAAUGCCAAACGUUUCAGGAGGGCACUGGUCGACCCCGCAGGACAAACAAGAGAGGAGAGAAAGAAGAUGCAAGAAGGCGAGACGGGAGGGGGCUAGACACACCCGUUUUUAUAUCUAGAGAGGGGAGAGCAUUUGAGGAACUCGCCGAGAACGAGGGGGCGGAGAAUGGAGGUCAUGCAAAUACUCCCGAAGAAGACACUUUGAAGGGAUCCAGACAGGAAACGCAGGAGACUGGAACGAACAUGGCGUUUCAUGGAGCACGCAACGACGGCGGAAGAGAAGGCGAGGGAGAGGACAGAGAAGCUAGAGAAGAUAGAGAAGCUAGAAAAGAUAGAGAAGCUAGAGAAGAUAGAGAAGCUAGAGAAGAUAGAGAAGCUAGAGACGAGACACAUGCAUCGAAGAGGGUGACUAACUCCCAUGGCCUCGUGCUUUAUCGGGAAGGUGUGGUCCAGAGAGUGAGGCAGCUUGCUGCGCUGGUCGUCGACCUAGGCCAGACGUACGAUGCGCUUCACCAGGAGCUCUUGGAGAGAGCAGCAAACGAAGAAGGAAGCCAGGGAGACGCGUCCGAAGCUGCCCGCGCUGGGCCAACACACGCCGAGCCAGGCGGUAGUACAGCAGGACGACAGCGCGAAACUGAAAACCAAUACGCAACUCCUCGGAACGAAACUGCGUCGUCCCGCAUGCGUUUCGAAGGCCGUUCACAUCAGGAAACCGUGAAGGCCGUAGACAUGUGCAGUGUACGUACAGACUCUAAGCAUGACGACUCGGAGGAGGGUACAAGGAACGGAAUAGCUCCGAAAGUGCUCGCGAGCGGUGAACAGCGUCGGUGUGAGUCGGUGAAGCCGAAGGACACAAAAGAAGCAUUUUCAGCGGCGUACGAAGAAGGGAAGAUGUCGCUUGGAGAGGCUGCGUCUCUCAUCGUCGACCAGCCGUGGUAUCUCUUCCGGGAGUUCCCCGUCGUCUAUGAAGACGCGAACCUUGUGAUUAUUUCGAAACCCUUCGACGUACGCGUGGACGUACCCAUGCGAAAAGACGACCGAGACAGCGAAGAAAGCGCCGGCGAAAAGAAGGAAAGACGAGCCGAUGGGCAUGCAGGCAAGGCUAACACUUUGGAGCUGCAUGCAAAGGCUUCACUGGGCGGGGACAAAUCGCACGAGAGGACCGGCGACGUGGAGGCUCGACGGAAAGGCCAACAGCUGCCUGGUGCAGGCUCACGACGCUUCAAUACAGAGUUCACCGUCGCUGACUGGUAUCGGCGACACAGAGCGAAGGAGCUAGAGGGACGCGGAAAGGCAAGAGCGGGAGCGCCGAAGGAAACUGACGCAGACGCGUGCAAAGUUCGUCUUUGCCAUCAACUCGACUAUGCGACGUCCGGCUUGCUGAUGCUGGCACACAACCAAAAGGCAGCUCGGAUUGUUCAGACGCUUCUGCAAAGGCGAGAAAUCCAGAAAGAGUAUCUCGCCCUGGUGUAUGGCCACCCGAGAUGGUCGGAGGUCGAGGUAGAGACCCUCGUUGCACCUCAUUCGACGCAUGCAUUCAAAAUGAUGGCAACCGAUGCUCUGGGGACGCCGCUCACGCCUGUGUCGCCUACCUCGUUCUCCUCGCCUGCCUCUGUCUACCGUUGCUUGUACGGUACUGUCGUGCCUGCACAAGCGUCAGAUGAGUUUGGCCCUUCUUCCACUUCGAAUUCCCUGCCGCGCGGCGCUUCCUGUCCGUGGUCUGCAUCUUCAUGCGGUCCCCGCUUGCCGCAGUCUUCUCUGCCAAACUCACCCUGUUCUCUCUCCAGGGCUUCACCCAAGUCGCGCGCCCCGUUCGGCGGGGGUCCAGUCGAAGACUCAGAACCAGGGAGGUUCUCAGUGGAUGAACGGUCUGGGACAGAAACUUCCAAGGGUGAACCAGACACCGAGACAGACACCCAAACCAGUUCAGUCAAACUCACUGAACAGAGUCAGCGUCCUGUCUUAGGCAAGCGCGCCGUUAGUCGCAUGCACGUGAUCUACAAAGGACAUCUCAGAAACCUUCCAGAACCUCUCCUUGGCGCCCCAGGUGCUCUGGUCAAACUCACACUGCUAACAGGACGCCGGCAUCAGCUCAGGGUUCACUGUGAGCAUGUGGGCCAUCCAAUCGUUGGAGACGCAACCUACGGAACAGGAGACGACAGUCCGUUUCGAAUGUUUCUGCAUGCUGCACAUCUUCAGUUCCCCGCGAUUCCUUUCUCUCGUGCUUCGUCUGCCAUGCAGCCUUUUCAACACCACACAUGUCCGAGCGUACACGAACGAGGCUUUGUCUCUUCGGCAAACUCGUCUGGUGCCGUUGCAUCUUUUCCGUCUGCCGACGUUCCAGGAAGAGGCGAGAAGGGUCAAGGCGGUCGAGCGAAAACCGAAGAAAUCCAGUUUUUAAAGAGUCUGACACGCAGCGCUUUUGUCACAGAUCCGGGAUUCCAGUUCUUUCUAGAAGCGGCUAAGUCGGACACCGCUCCUUAACAAAGUGACUCUUGCGUGGUGGCGUUUCUCUUUAUGUCCGUGUAGCACCCACUGCGAGCAAUGGGGUAUGUCUGAGGGAAUUUGAGUAACUGCGGUGAACUCCGAAAAGCGCCUGUUUCUCGAGGACCGCCGAGCUUUGUUGAUUUCAUUUGUCCAGGCACUCGGUCAAUUUGUUGCCUGUCACAACUGCACACUCCUGUCUUCACCUCAGCAGCUGCUUGGAUGGAAGCAGGGAUUUCAGCAUCCAGUCAGUAUCUAUCUUUGUUUAAAAGCUGCAGUCAGCAACAGUGCUGAUUUAGUGUCUGCGCUUAACCAUCUGCAGUGCGACUGGCGUCGAAGCCAGACAACACCGAAGCCUUCUGGAACUUUGAUCAUGGCCCGUAAAUCCUCAGCGGAAAAAGCACUGACAAAAGGCGGUUCUUCACAGGUAUCUUACUCACGGAUGGUGGUAGAUAGGACGUGGACUUUCGAAUGGUCUCUGUGAUCGACUGUUUGACUUCUAUCAAACGGUUUACCUUCUUGCCAUCUGACGUUUUUUUCACGCGUAGCAAAAGUCAGUGUACUUUCUUCUGUAGUGGAGACUUCACUCAAUCUGUCUCAACAAUGUCUGUCACAAAUGCUAUGCUGCGUCUUCGGUAAUGCAGCAGACGCAAGCAUCGUUCUGUCUUCGCGUGCAUCUGUAUUUUUCAGAACUUCGUGGUUAAACAAGGACGCUGGGGCAACGGUAGUAACACUGUCGGCUCUGCAGCAUGUGUGGGAGAGAGAAAGACCCUCUCUGUUGGCAAGCGUGGCAACAUGUUAGCUGACCACCGAG